CCCAAUAUGGUUUUCUAUAAAUUUUGCGAAAGAUAAUUAGGGUUUCUGCCUUGCUUCUUUUAUUCGUUCACCGUCCCAAACCUCUCUGCAGUGCGUUCGAUCCAGAAAACAUGACUAAGAGAACAAAGAAGGCGGGCAUUGUUGGAAAAUACGGUACCCGUUAUGGUGCCAGUCUGCGGAAGCAGAUUAAGAAGAUGGAAGUUAGUCAACACAGCAAGUUCUUCUGUGAAUUUUGCGGAAAGUAUGCUGUGAAGAGAAAAGCCGUAGGAAUAUGGGGAUGUAAGGACUGUGGUAAAGUGAAAGCAGGGGGUGCUUACACUUUGAACACCGCAAGUGCCGUGACUGUACGGAGCACCAUCAGGAGGUUGAGAGAGCAGACUGAGAGUUAAGCUUUUUGUUAAGUCUAUAUCAAUUAGACUUGCGUGAAGUUCUUAGUUUGUGUUCACAGUACUGCAUUGAUUGUACUCAAAGUAAACUCUUUUAAUUCUUAAUUCUUAUGAUUUCAGUUGUUUUGGACUCUAUGUCAGUAAUUUUCUUAUAGUUUCUUUUUUAUUGUUUGCAAUUCUAAUCUCUGAAUUUAAAUGCCCAAUAUUGUAGUUUCUUUUUCAGA